AUGGAAGAUACGGAGACUUGGUUCUGGUCUGAUUCAACGGUGGUACUAUCAUGGCUGAAGUCGCCGCCGUAUGUCUGGCCUACUUUUGUGGCUAAUCGGGUAUCUCACAUCCAGGAGCUCACAAAAGGACAUCGGUGGAAUCACGUCAAGGGGACUGAAAACCCAGCCGAUCUCGUCUCACGUGGCGUCAUGCCCAAGGAUCUCGUCGACAAGCAUCACUGGUUUCACGGACCGGAUUGGUUAUCGUUACUCGACCAGCAUUGGAAUACUGAAAGGCACUUGGAGUACGAAAGACCAUCGGAGGAACUGCUAGAGCGAAAGAAGAACGUUAUGAUUGUAGCCGACUCUCAGCAACCACAUCCACUGCUGGAUCGCUAUUCUAACUACUGGAAGCUUCUUCGUACUACGGCAUAUGUCCUCAAGUUCAUCCGGAGAUGUCAGCAUCGUAGAUCGCCCCCCACAUCCUCUCCCUGGUCUGUAGCAGAUCUACAAGAAGCGAAAUUCACAUUGGUACGGUGUGUUCAACGGGAACCGUUCGCCGCCGAAAUCAAAGCCUUGGCCAAUCAUCGACGAAUUCAAGCUCACUCGCCGCUAAAGCUUCUUCACCCUUUUUUGGAUCACCAGGGUGUACUUCGGGUUGGUGGCCGGCUGAGACUGGCCGGAGAAUCGUACGCAGUUCGACACCCCAUUAUCCUUCCUAGCAAUCACACGUUUUCACGCCAAGUAGCAGUCGCCUACCAUGAAUUGUCGCUCCAUUCCGGCCCCCGAAUGACGCUCGCACAAAUCCGGCAAGAAUUCUGGCCAUUGCGUGGAAAGGCACUAGCAACUUAUACUUUCCGAAACUGCUUACGCUGUUUUCGAACCAACCCUGUCCCUGUAUCCCAACCCCCUGGUCAAUUACCAAAACCUCGUACAACUCCUACUCGUGCAUUCGCUGUCACCGGUGUAGACUACUGUGGUCCAGUCUACCUGAAACCUGUUCACCGUCGUGCAGCAGCACAAAAGGCUUACAUUGCCGUUUUCGUGUGCUUCAGCACGAAGGCCGUCCAUCUGGAGCUGGUUGGAGACCUUACAGCAUCUGCUUUCGUAGCUACGCUACGACGUUUUGUGGCCCGCCGAGGUCUACCUUCUGAGAUCCACUCGGAUAAUGGGCUCAACUUCAAGGGUGCCAGCAAUGAUCUCCGGGAGCUGUACGAGCUACUGCAUGACCCCGUCGUGCAUUCACAAAUCUCCAACGAGACGUCGCAACGAGGAAUCGUGUGGAAAUUUAUCCCACCAAGAGCGCCAAACUUUGGCGGCCUGUGGGAGGCUGCCGUAAAAUCCGCGAAGACUUCACUCGUCCGAGUUCUAGGAUGCCGUAGAUUGUCAUUUGAGGACAUGGCGACCAUCCUCACCCAGAUCGAGGCGGCAAUGAAUUCGCGGCCACUCACCCCCCUAUCGGAGGACCCAGACGAGUUAGAUGUGCUCACACCAGGGCAUUUUUUGACUGGCUCCUCGUUGUUAGCCCUCCCCGAUCCGGACUACAGUGAGAUCCCUCCAAAUCGUCUUCAACACUACCAGGGACUACAAUAA